AUGCUUCUGGAUCCCAGGUGCUGGGAAGCGCAGGUGGAGAGCUCGGAUCUUGCUCAGGGUUUUCCCAUAAGAGGCAUCUGGUCGGGCCCCUUCUGCCUCCUCCAGGUCUCUUCCCUAGUUUUCUUGGACGAGGCAGGCAGUGCUUUCCCGGAGCAACGCCGGGCUUCGCUCCAGAAAUUCCUCCGUUGCGCAACCUUGCGCGCUUCCGGGGAGGCGACAAAGUCCGUUUUCUCCUCCCGCUGCUGCGCUGCGCUCCCCUUGCUGCGCUCAGUCAGUGCGCAGCGCCUCUGCCUCCCCGAAAGCAGCAGCAGCAGCCCCGACUGCGCGCAUCCAGCUGGAAAGGCCGUCGGGCAAAGAGGUGCAUCUUGUGGGUCCCGAGGAGGCGUCAUGGCCAGCAGCAGCAGCACCGUGAAUGUGUCCGGGGCGGAGGGCGCAGAGAAGACGGUGAUCCACGUCAACAUCACCCAGGAGUCCUCCCUCGGCUCCCUCCUCAAGGCCCUGGCAGCCUGGAGGCAGACCCCCAAGCCUGGCCCCAAGGACCCCCAAGGCCCCUCUGUCCCCCUGACAAGGGCUGGGUGCAAUGCGGAGCAGAGAGUGCUGGGGGGGACACAGAUCCUGCUCGGACUGGUCACCAUUGGCAUCGGGUGUGUCCUGAGCCUUGGACAAAGGACUGGCGAUUGGAUAUUCAUACCAAUCUGGAAUGGAGCCCCUUUCUGGUCGGGGGGCGUGCUCUUCAUGGCCGGUGUUCUUUCCAUCGUGGGCGAUAGACGCGGUGGCCACUGGGUCCACCUGGCCACCUUUUCCCACCUGGCCAGCGUUGUCGCCUGCUCUGUGGCCUUGGCAGUCGGUGAGGCAGACUUGCCCAACCUCAACUACGCUCCCUACUACUUUACGGAUUUGUGCAGGAACACCCAGUACAGGGACAACUAUUACCAGUUCGGGGGGGUAAUCACCCCCAUCCCUGAGGACAAUGACAGGAUCCAGCGGUGUGAGGAGAUGAUAACGGAUCUCUGGAAAAUUGCCGCUGGACUCAGGAUCCUGCUGUUCAUCCUUUGCAUCGGGGCUCUGCUGAUCGCUGUCUUCUGCCUGGGCAACGGCCUCCGCCGGCUCUGUUGCUCCUUCCUGGGUCGCUGUGAGAACUACAGCCGGCUUGAGGACCCUGAAGUGCCCCCUCCAUAUGAGGAGCCGGCCAAGGAGCAGAACGCCGCCUGAGCCGUGGGGCAGAAGGAGCCGGUGCCUGCCUCUUGCCCCCUUGCUUGGCUGGGUGGGAGUACCUUGUCCUGGUGAGCAGGAUUCCAGAGCCAUUCAUGCCUUCCCUGGAAAGGGCUUCCCCGCCUGGUCCUUUGCCACUUCUUGCUAUUACUUGUUAGAACUUCUUCCCAAAGCCCCUGUUUUCCAGGGGGGGGGGGUGAUAGAUGCUGCCUCUCCGCCUGCAGCUUGAUUUGUAACCAAUAUAUUCUUUAAUAAAAAGUUUUAUCUCUUCUC